UGUCUGACAAUGGACCUGCAGUCCUCUCUCCUGGAGCAGAACCUCUCGUGUCCGGUAUGCCGGGACAUCUUCCAGGACCCUGUGUUUCUGCUGUGCUCGCACAGCUUUUGCCGCCUCUGCCUGCAGCUCUCCUGGAAAGAGAAGGACACCCAGGAGUGCCCUGUCUGUAGGGGGAGCAUCUCCAUGAAGCAGCUGCCCUCUAAUCUGGUGCUGAAGACACUCUGCGAGGACUACCUGCAGGAGCGGAGCCAGCAGCUGACCGCGGCGGACGCCGAGGUGCUGUGCCGCCUCCACGGCGAGAGACUGAAACUCUUCUGUCUGGAGGACAAGGAGCUGGUGUGCUUGGUGUGCCGGGACUCAAAGAAACACACAGACCACAAGUUCUGCCCAAUAGAUGAAGCAGCACAGGAUCUCAAGGAAGAACUCAAGACACGGAUGACGCCACUGAGAGAAAAUCUUACCACUUAUGAAGGAAUUCAGCAAAAGUUGAAUCAAAGAAUCAAACACUUGAAGUGCCAGGCCAGACAUACAGAGCUGCAGAUUAAAGGACAAUUCCAGGUGCUCUACCAGUUCCUCCAUGACGAGGAGAUGGCCCGGAUCACAGCGCUUCGGGAGGAAGAGGAGGAGAAAAGUUAUAUGAUGAUGAAGAACAUACAGGAGCUAUCAUAUCUCUCUGAAACCAUUCAUGCCAUGGAGAUGGAGAUGAAGUUGCCCGAUGUUCCAUUUCUGCAGAACUACAGUUCCAUCAUGCAAAGAGCCCAGAGCACACUUCAGGAUCCUGGAGAAGUUUCAGCGAAGCUGAUUAAUGUGGCAAGUCAUCUGAGCAACCUGAAUUUCAGCGUCUGGGAGAAGAUGCAAGGGAUCAUCGAGUAUGCACCUGUGACACUGGACCCAAACACAGCACACCCGUGCCUUUCGCUGUCCGAUGACUUGACCAGUCUACAACUCUGCACUGAGAUCCGGCAGCUUCCUGACAAUCCUGAGAGGUUUGACGGCUACACCAGCGUCCUGGCCUCCGAGGGCUUCACCUCUGGGACGCACAGCUGGGAGGUAGAGGUUGGAGACUGCCCAACCUGGGCUCUGGGGGUAGUCUCGGAGUCCGAGUGCAAAAACAGGGAACAGCUUUCGAAGUUUGGUCUUUGGUAUAUCGGUUGUGCUAACGGUAAGUACGGCAAAGGUUACUCCACGGAACUCCUCACUCCCCUCACGGUUAAUCAGGAACCUCAGAGGAUCAGAGUACAGCUAGAAUGGGACAGAGGAAGGGUGAGCUUCUCUGACGCGGAUACUGGUGGACUCCUCCACUCAUUCACUCACACUUUCACAGAGACGGUGUACCCAUACUUUUGCAAUGUGAGUUCUGUUCAGCCACUGAGGAUCUUAACCCUGAAGCCUUCUGUGAAUCUGUAACAAGAACUCAUCUCUCUAUUUCACACUUCACAGGGUGCAGUUUUCACCUGCACAAGGCAUCAUAGUUCUUUCUGUCAGUGAGGGACAAUGUGAUUUAUUUGUAGUUUCACUGAAAAUAUUGCUGAUUUGACCUUGAUGCUGAUUUGAGUGUUUAGAAAGCAAAGUUCACAUUUUGUUUUGACUUGUUUUGUUUUGCCGAAAGGUUGUUGUACAACAAACAAAUGACAUCCUUCCAUUCGGUGCUCCUGGAGCAUGUUGUUUACAACUCAGUCUGAUAAACUGUUUAUUUCCCAUUCACAAAGCCAGCACUGUGAGUGAACACUGGAUCUUUUUGAGCACAAACACUGAAAGUACGGACUCAGAGGACUGUGAGGAGCUAUCCACAGAAUUUGACAGAAAAGUGCAAGGAAUUAGAAUGACUAACUCUCCCCUUAAAUGGGACACUGUGGUUGGAAACAGACGUGACACUUCCAGAUAAACAAAAAAAAAUGUAUUCCUAUCUUCAAAUUCUUCUUCUAUGCCAAUUACUGUGAACUGAGGUUGUCACACUUGUUGUGCUGCAUAGCCUCAGCUAAGUCAUUAAGAGGAGAGUUUGCAUGAAUUCAGGAAGCUGAGCCUAUUCCUCUUCUAAAGAAACGGAACUUAUAAGAGGUAAAACAGUGGGCACUGUAAAUAAAUUAUUGUGCUAUGCAAACUACUGUGACUAAAUACUGUGACUCAACUGGAUAAAG